AUGCCAACACCCGUCUUACUGUCUCGUGGACUUGACCCUGCGUUGGGCAUUUUUACAGGUUUCUUUGCUUAUUACCUUCACGAGACACAUCCACGCACCGCACCCCCAGCGGACAAGCAACUUGCGGCACUGGUGCAGUGGAAAUGGGAAAAAUGGAAGCGUGAGCGGGAGGUAAAGCUGAAUGCUCUUGAGAGAGAAGCGGAAGAAUCCUCCCGGUCCAGUUGA